AUUCCACGAACCCACGAACGAACGAACGUACGAACGAACGAACGCUCGAGCGGAUAAACGACGUUCACGCGGAAUUAAAGAAAAGAACAAGACGAAAACAGAUUAGCCUACUUGCUUGCCGGACAAGCCUGCGCGAACCUAUCACCUAGAACCGAGAAAAAAACGAGAAAACAAAAGAAAAGAAAACAAAUAGCCAGACAAGAUGAACUUCCCUGGUAUGCCUGGCGGUGGUGCGCCCGGUGGUGGUGCUGGUGCUGCGCCUGGAGGAUACGAUCCUAAUGAUCCGAACAUUAAGAUGAUGCAAAAAGCCAUGGAAUCAUGCUUCGCAAAGACCGUCAUGAGCGGAGGCGCCGGUUUCGCGCUAGGUGGUGUUUUUGGAAUGUUUAUGGCUUCGAUGGCAUACGACACCCCCUACCACUCCCCCACCGCCCCCGGCACCGGCCCCGGCGCCAACCCAGCGGCCGCCGGAAUCCCAGGCUACAAGCCCGUCGACCUCUCGUCCAUGCCGCUGAAGGAGCAGCUCAAACACGGCUUCAAGGACAUGGGCCAGCGGUCGUACAGCACAGCCAAGAACUUCGCCAAGGUCGGUGCCCUGUUUUCGGGUAUCGAGUGCGGUAUUGAAGGGCUCAGGGCGAAGAAUGAUCUUGGUAAUGGUGUUGCUGCUGGAUGUCUGACGGGCGCGAUUCUGGCGAAGAAUGGAGGUCCCCAAGCGGCGGCGGUGGGGUGUGCGGGGUUUGCGGCGUUUAGUGCGGCUAUUGAUGCUUGGAUGAGGAUGCCUAGUGAGGAGGAGUAA